GGCUGACGUGCUAACCAGUCGACUGCCAGGCUGCCUUUAAUGCCAAUACAUAAUUCUGAAUUCCAAAGAUGGGAUAACAUAAAUUAGCAGCUGUUAUGGUGAUUAUGAACCUUCAAACAAUUGCUACUUUAACGCACACGGGUAGCAACAUAUACAGAGUGUACACUGUACAACAACAAAUAUCCAGAACUUCACUGUAUACAAUCCUGCAAAAAGCCUUAAAAAACAACAACAAUCCAUGAUAUAGUGGGGGUACAAAUGACGGACCUUUGGGGGAAGAUUGUAUUCUUAUUUUUACUGUGUAUUUUACGCAAUUCAAACUGUUUCUGUUGCACUUGAUUGCAUCCUUCGUUUCCCAAAAAAUUGACAUUGCACUACCAUAACAAGAAAAUAUCUGUGCCAUUAAAGUUCCGUUUUAAGUGCCAUCAAAGCUGUGCCUGUUUACACAAAUUUGAAACAGGUUGUUGCGCAUUUUGUUCAUUUUGUUGCAGUGACUCCAAUCCACUCUGCGCCUCAAAAUUGUGAAAUUAUCAAAUUGCAAUACGGAAAAAUCAUGUUCCUUGUUAAACUAUUUACGCCAGCAACGUUUGGAACAGGCAUAAGAAUAAAUUGUUCUUCCAAUCGAUAGCAGGAGGUGCAUAAUCAACCUGUGCAUGUGCUGUUUGUGAGUGUUUUGUUUGGUGGCGUUGCCGUAAAAAAAUGUACAGCUAUAAUGCAACACGUGGUGUUGCAUUAUCAAACUGGGCGACUGUGAACCAACAUAGUGACAACUUCCGCCUCUAGAGGGAGAUGACGGACAAACGUAGAUUGGGGCUGGAUCGGGGAGGCCAGUCAGAGGCAGGCGAGCUCAACAUGGGGCUAGCCUCGAAGGAGGGACUCGUUCUCAGCUCACUUGACAGACUGCCUGUCGUAGAAGACACGCUGCCCUGACUCACGCCGACCACACUCAGCGGAAGUCUCGUGCGUGGUUGAUCCUGGCCGGCAUCAGGCAUUGAACGGGUCCGCGAGGAACAAGAGAGGAGGACAGCCGAUAACGUGUGUAGCUUUGUGUCCCCAUAUAUUGCAGGCAUAAUUAAAAGGGACCCUACACGAAACCAUGUCGGGGGUAAAAAAAAGAAACUCGAAUUCCUCGUUAAGCAAGGAGGAGGACCCGCAAGUCACGGAGAAGAUGCUGGGGAGCCCCGAAAACACCGCCGUCGGGGAUGACAAAGGCGAGGAAACUGUCGCCUUACAGCGAACCAUCACGCUGAUGAACGGCGUGGCCAUCAUCGUGGGCACCAUCAUCGGCUCGGGCAUCUUCGUCACGCCGACCGGCGUGGUGAAGGAGUGCGGCUCCGUGGGCUUGUCCCUGGUGGUGUGGACUGUAUGCGGGGUCUUCUCCACGGUGGGGGCUCUGUGUUACGCCGAGCUGGGGACCACCAUCUCCAAGUCCGGAGGGGACUAUGCCUACAUCCUUGAGGUCUACGGCUCCCUGCCGGCUUUCCUCAAACUCUGGAUCGAGCUGCUCAUCAUCCGGCCGUCUUCGCAGUACAUCGUCGCCUACGUUUUCGCCAAGUACCUCCUCAAGCCCAUCUUCCCCGUGUGCCCGGUACCGGAGGACGGGGCUAAGCUAGUGGCUUGCCUUUGCAUUCUCUUAUUGACCUUUGUGAACUGCUACAGCGUGAAGGCAGCAACCAGAGUGCAGGACUUCUUCGCUGCGUCCAAGCUACUGGCUCUUGGCCUGAUCAUCAUCAUCGGCUUUGUCAAGAUUGGUCAAGGUGGCACUGAUUCACUUCUCCCUGAAAAUUCCUUUGAGGGUUCCAAAUACGAGUUUGGCAACAUCGGUCUUGCACUCUACAGUGGCCUGUUUGCUUACGGAGGCUGGAAUUACUUGAAUUUUGUUACGGAGGAGAUGAUUGAACCUUACAAAAAUCUUCCUCGAGCCAUUAUCAUCUCUUUGCCAAUUGUGACAGCAGUUUAUGUUCUCACCAACCUGGCGUAUUUCACCACCCUCUCAACCGAUGAGAUGCUCAACUCGGAGGCUGUGGCUGUGGAUUUUGGCAACAGGCACCUGGGUGUGAUGGCUUGGAUCAUCCCAGUGUUUGUGGGGUUGUCCUGCUUUGGCUCUGUCAAUGGUUCUCUCUUCACAUCAUCAAGGUUAUUCUUUGUGGGCUCCCGGGAAGGUCACCUGCCCUGUCUGCUGUCAAUGAUCCACCCAACCCUGCUGACCCCACUUCCUUCUCUAAUAUUCACAUGUAUAAUGACACUGCUUUACGCCUUCUCACAUGACAUCUUCUCCAUCAUCAACUUCUUCAGCUUCUUCAACUGGCUCUGCAUUGCAUUGGCAAUUGUUGGGAUGAUGUGGCUCCGUUAUAAGAAGCCUGAGCUAGAAAGACCAAUUAAGGUGAAUAUCCUGCUCCCAGUGACGUUUGUGCUCGCAUGCCUCUUCCUGAUCAUCGUAUCCUUCUGGAAGACUCCAAAGGAGUGUGGGAUUGGUUUUGGCAUCAUUGCCACUGGUCUGCCUGUCUACUUCUUUGGUGUGACAUGGAAGAACAAACCCAAGUGGCUGCUGAAUGGAAUCUUCUCAACCACGGCCUUUUGCCAGAAAGCAAUGCAGGUGGUGCCUUAGGAGUCCCGAGUGCUCC